AUGGUCAUGACAACGUGGCGCUACGAACAUUUAAAGUGGAGUUCACGAACACUUCUGUUGAACAAGUUAGCUGGUUCAAUUCCCGUUGAUGAAGCAGCAGUUUUAACACCUUUUCGUAUGCAUUCGCCAGCCAUCGCCGCUAUUUCUACCAGUGACUUCAAUAUCAUGGGCCGCAAAAAAAUCCAAAUUAAGCGCAUUGAAGACGAUCGCAAUCGUCAGGUGACAUUUGCUAAGCGCAAAAAUGGUAUUUUCAAGAAAGCGAUGGAGUUGUCCAAGCUUUGUGAUUGCGAGAUUGCUCUCAUCGUUUUUGACUCGAACGAAAAACUUUACCAAUACUCAAGCACUGGAGUCGACCAAAUAUUACUUAAGUAUACAGAGUAUGGCGAGCCAUACGAGACCAAAGACAACAGCGACUAUGAAAUUAUGUUUGGGGAAAAGAAAAAGCAGCUGCAACUAGCGGCAAAAGAGGCAGCCGCGGCAGCAGCAGCGGGAGCUAAUGCUGAAGUUUCGAUUAACUACAAUAUGGGCCAUGGAUCGACUCCAAAUGGAGCUGCGUUGCAGUCAUUUCAAAACAUGCACGGAGGCUUGAAUGGUGCCUCGUUGGGACUCACUAACGAUCCUGAUCAGUACAUGCUUAAUUCACGUAGCCGUCCACCGACCCAAAAGAAACGGGUUCAUCGUGGUUUCCAGCAGCUUUUGAAGAAGGAGCACGCAGGUUACACUCCACCGACACUUCCGCUAUACCAACAUGGCAUGGGAAUGCUCGGAGGACUUCCAAGUCACCAUAUGCUUGCCGCUCUGCCGAGCCCCCCCAACCUUUCAGGUAUUCUUCCGUCACCCACCACUGGUAUGCUUCUUCACGACUUUAGUCCCCAGAAUGCAGGUCUCUUUGGACACCAUCCCAUGCUUGGUGGUGGCAUGCAAGGUGACUUUCACGACAGCAAAAGCAGUGUGCUUGGUUUGAAUUUAGGACCGUCAGAUUUUGGCCAAAGCGGUGCUGGCAGUGUACAUCCGCAACAAUUUCAGCAGUGCAAAGACGCAUACUAUACUCAAAACAAACAGGCAGAUUCGCCGGACAAAUCUUUGGUGGACCGUACAAUUUCUUCGGUUGGGAAUCACGAUCCGACAUUGGAUCAAGAAGCUCCCGAUGUUUUAAGUAAACAGGAAAAAUUUGCGGAAGAAAGUACAGAACAGCCUCAUCAAGACGACGUCUUCAGUAACAGUGAAGAUAUACAGACAGCUAAGGAAAAUGAUUGUUCAAAGGAAGUGGCUUUACAGUCAGCAUCAACACCAAAGCGUGAAGUGGAAGAUCUUAGCCACAAUGGUACCAGAGCGUGCUCAAAUUCGUCUAAAUCCGAUAUUAUUAUGACUGCUUCACCUACAAAAGUCGUGCCAACAUAUGAGUCUCUAGCAACAGUAUCCGGAUCUCAAGCACAAAGUACAGACAACAACGAUAAGCGAUCACACUCAGAAGUGUUAAGAUCGGCAUCCACAAGUCCUCUUAAACGGCAACGUUUGGCUGUGUGA